CCCCCUCUGAGAGAUUAUACAGAGUAACACAGGUGAAAUCUAAUUGCUCAGUCGCUUUCGGCUUGUUUGCUCUUAUCUCUACCAACUAUCAGUAUUACUAUUUAAGCUUCAACUGCCAUUACUCUCGCCCCAUCCCUAUCUCUCUCUCUCUCUCUCUCUCUCUCCCCCCCCCCCCCCCGUCCCUGCUUUUUUUUCUUCCCUAAGAAAUCUCAUACCCUUCUCUUAUUCUUCUGUUUGUUUCCCGGGAAAAUCUUCAUUCAUUGCAAUUUCAUCCUCAUUUGGCUUCCGUUUUUCCUUUUCUGCAAUGGGUAAUUGUGUGCGUACGUCGGAGAAGUUAACGGCCGAGAUUGUACCCCACGACGGAGCUCAGGCUUACCCCACCGUUCGGUUAUACGGCUCGCCCAAGAGCGUUCUCGCCGCCUACAUUCGUUUCGCGCUCGUCCACAGGGCCGUCUCUCUUGACUUCGUUCCCUCCUCCGAAAGAACCACGUUGGCAGAGGAGUUCGCGCGUGCCGGAGCUUCCGAUCCGGAGAGCCCGGUUACACUCCAGGUGGGAUCCGAUACCAUUUCAGGGACCCGAGAGACAUUGCUCAGGUUCAUCGACGCACGGUUUCCGAAUCCAUCGCUGGCUAGGGCGGCAGCGGCGGCGGGAGGUGGAGGAAGGGAAGAAGAUGAAACAACGCCGUUGAUGGUGAGGGUCACGAGGCUGCACCACAAAAGCAUACUGUGGCAUUUGGAGAGGAUGGUGAGGUGGGCGGAGGAUCUGGCGACACGUGGAGGGAGGAAGGCCGCAGAUCCGACGAUGGGGAGCCCGAGGAUGGAGGUGAAGAAGUUCGCCAAGAGCUACUCUCAGCUGCUGGAAGUGAUGUUGGAGCACGCUCAGAUGGAGGAGAGGGUCCUCUUCCCCAUCUUCGACAUGGCCGAUCGAGGGCUAUCAAAAGCUGCAAAGGAGGAACAUGCCAGGGACCUACCGCUCAUGAAUGGCAUCAAAGAAGUCAUAAAAUCUGUUGGGGUUUUAGAUUGUGGAAGCCCUGGUUACCGAGAAGCUCUCUCCAACCUCUCUUCUAGGCUUAAAUUGUUGCAGGGGCAAUGCAAGCAACACUUCAGAGAAGAGGAAGUAGAAUUGCUUCCAUUAAUGGAGGCAGUUGAGAUGAGCAGAGAGGAGGAACAGAGCGCGGUGGAGCAAUGUUUUGAAGUGAUGCAAGCAACACACAAUCGUCUGUUCAAGUUCUUGCUUGAAGGUCUCCCGGCUCAUGAUGCUAUGAAGUACCUGGACUUGGUCAGAAGUUGCAGAAACGGAGAAAAAAUGGAAUCCAUGCUUCAGAUGAUUGUUCAGUGAGAGUGAUGAGCUCAAACAUGAUAUCUUAUUUGCCAACCCCACUUUGUGUAUAGAAAAAGUUAAAAUCCCAAAAAGGUUUAAAGUGUUAGAAAUGAGUUUGAUAAAAAAAGAUUGGAGUUACUAAUUAAAGUUGGCAUGAAUGAUAGGAACUCUCGUCACAUGAACAAGUGAUUGGGAGUUCAAAUUUCAACUUUCAUAUAUGUAGUAAUUUAGUUAGGAGAGGUCUAUCAUUUGCUUUCAAUAUCUCAAGAGAGAUAAUUUCUGUUGUUUAACUAUUUCUGUGAAGAUGAUGUGAGAUUGAGAAGUCAUGGUGUGCUGGUUGAUAAACAGAGCACAUGUAAAGCGAAUCAUGGUGACCUCUUCUUUUGUGGAGUGAGUGCACGUUCUUGUGAGUGUCAGCCUGGCCUUUUGGAGGAAGGAGGGCACUUAUUCUCUUAUCUUUCCCUUUUGGGUAAGGUUGUCACAUGAAUACGUUCCAAAA